AUGGACGCUGGGCAGGCCAAGCAGGAGGCAUGUGUGCGAGCAGCAGUGGGACUCCGACGCACAGCAGGCUCGGGGAAGCAGGAGAAUUUCCGGGUCGUGAAUGAAGACUCCAGCCGGCUGAUUUUCAUAGAUAAGGCAGACAAGGACAUUCAGGAGGGCUGCUUCACAUUUGAUGGCAUCUUUAGUCUGGAUACGGGGCAGGACGAGGUGUUCUUGGAGCUGGUGAGACCCCUGCUGGCCAUGGUGCCCCUUGGUUACAGCGUGUCCCUGCUGCUGUGGGAGGCCCAUUGCGCUGUCACCAAGCCGCAGCCUCAGGGCACUGGGCAGCACCACAGCAUCAUCCAGCAGGUGAUAGAAACCGUCUUCCAGGAUCCCAAGCUCCCAGGGGAUGGCAGGGAGCAACUGCAAACUGUCAGCUUUGUCCAGCUUUGUGCAGAUGGAAAUGCCCGGGACCUUCUCAGCCCCAGAAAUCAAGCCCUGCACGUGCUGGACGUCCCCCCGCUGGGUCUGAUGGUGGAAGAGGCAAGUGAAAUUGUUGUGUCCAACUCUACAGCUGCCUACAGCUUCUAUGUGAGGGGGCUGGAGGACAGUCCAGCACCGUCCCAAGGGUGUUCGCAGCAGUCCCAGGUGGAGCAGCAUGCUGCCAUGUGCGCCAGCCUGUUCACCCUCACCGUGGAGCAGGAGCUGGAGGGGUGCAGGCGCCAACGCUCGGCUGUCAGGAUUUUGGAGUUCCCCCGAGGGGCCGGGCCCUGUGUGGAGCCUCUCUCACCCCUGUUCCAAGCUCUGGCUCCUGGUGAGCUCCUGGACGAUGCAGGAUUCCUCCCUUGGGUUCUCAAGCGGGUGAUAGAAGGAAACAACCUCACAUUCCUGCUGCUGUGUUUGACCCUGCCAGAUGCCUCUGGAGAAGAGAUCCUGUCAGCCCUCUCACUGGCUGAGCAGGUGAGGGGACGGGCCAAGAAGGUCUCACCAACCCACUGGGAUCCUGCCAAAGCAGCUUGGAGGCAGAGGGCAGAGAUCCGAGAGCUGAGGGCCCAGCUCCUCUCCAGCAGCAGCCAUACAGUGCAGGAGAGUGUGAUCAGCCAGCUGAGAAGAGUGCUGAGGGACCUGCAGGUGCUGAAAAACCAGAGCUGGGAGAAAAAGAAAGAGAUGUCGGAAGCAUUUGAAGGAAGUGGGAGCUGUCAUCCUGAAGCCAAGGGUCGAAUUCCAUUGUGGCCAGGCAGGGACGAUCAGCUUACAAACCAGGUGCUGACAGAAAUGCUGAGAAGCCAAGAGUUCCUGGACAGAGGCAACCCCAAGCCAGAUGGAGACGUCCCAGGGUUUGUUCCCCUCUGUAAUGACAAAGGAGGUGAAGCUGCCACAAGUAGCCUCGGGUGGUUUGGCCGAAUCCCCCCAAGCAUGGGAGCAGUGACAGGGGAGAAGCCUUUGCAAAGUGGAGCCAGCAGAACACAGGAACCAACCGGCACUGCUAGUGUGACCGGCACGGUGGGGAGCUGGGCCUCUCAGCAGCACCCAGCCCUGGAGCUGCAGUUUGCAGUGGCCAAGGCCAGGAGGCUGCGUCUGCGGGAGCAGCACCAGCAGCUCAUCCAGCAGGAACUGCUGAAGCUGGAGGAGGAGCUAGCAGGGAACCAGGAGCUCCCUCCUCCCCCGCGGGAUGCGUGGUGCUGGCCCAAGGAGAAGGCAGUGCUGGCCCUGCAGCUGGAAGCACUGCGGAGGGAAUGGGCUGAGGCAGAGAAGGACCUGGAGGCACUGUACCAGCAGCACAGACGGGAAGCGGAGGCUCAGAAACAACAUGUGCUACAGGUGUUUCGGGCCUAUCGGGGUCUCUCAGAGGAGCAGACUGAUGCACUUGAUCGACGGUACCGGAAGCUGUUGCAGGAGGCCCUCCAGGACGCCAUCUCCCUGUCUGCGCAGAACCAGCAGCUCCGGGCACACAGCCAGCUGGGCUGCACUGAUUGCGCCACGCAGACAGACCCGCACUCCUGAGCAGUGAGCUGUACCAUGCCAGAGCGCUCUGCCCCCACCCCUGGGGGAGCAAACACUGGAGAUUUGGGGGGGGGGGAAGAGGGGGCAAUGCCUGCCAAUCAUUCCAGGGAAGAGGUGCAGUUUGAGUAACCCUUGGGCCAGCCUUUCUUACAGCACCAGGCAGGUGUUCUGGUGUUUUAGCAGGUCUCUGAGCAGCUGGGGAGCUCUACCUGCAUCUGCUGAAUUGGGGAGUUGUCUGUGUGCAAUGGCAGACUGGCCCUGGGAGGUUAUGGGGGACUGAGCAGGCAAUGUGUGAGCACAUGGCUAGCUCAAUACAGCACCUUCCCCCCCUCCCCCUCCAACAGGGUUGGGAGAGAGCAGAGCUUCAGCAAAUGAAGGUUUAUAAAGCUACAACUCCCAUCAGCUUCUAGGCUCUCAGUGGAAGUGCGCUGUGACCCUGGUCCCAGCUCCUUUCCACAGCAAUGGGACAAAGCGUAACAGGGGCUUGGAGCCCAGUGCAGAACUUGGCAGCUGCUCUCAACUGCUAGGGAUGAUACCGCUGAGGUCCAGCUUCACAUGCCCAGAAAUCACUCACAGCAGUGGAAGCAGCUGCCCAAGUCAGCAAGGAACCUGGCCCUGGCUCCAGCCCAAGGGCUGUCAGGAGCUGUUAACGCACACAGUGCAGUGCUCAGAGUCCAGCCACAGGCCUGUUCCUCUGGACCUGAGGAAUGUCUCCCUGCAGCAGGGGUCAGAGGAUGAGGCCAAUAUGCCCCCAUGAGGCCUGGCAUUAGGCAUCUGAGGGAGGGGCUGACAUGCAGGGCUGUUAAGCCCCCAGCUUCCACAGCCUUUCAUGAGAGCAGGGGCCCCAGCACUGCCACAUACCCAGCCACUCCAGGAAGUGUCCCAAUCAGGAGUUAAGGGACUAGCUGAAGGCUCCCAAAGUAGACCAUUUAGACCACCACGCUCUAACAGAGCCUCAAAACCCACCCCCCCCACAUGUGAGAACUAGCCCCAUUACCCUCGCUGAUCCUGACGCAUGUGCAGCCUGCCUGGCCUAGGCCCUGAGAGCAGCCAUCUAUCCUGUUCACUGAAGAUGCUGCAAAAGGUGCACCCACUCCACUGGAACAGGCCUAGCCUGAGCACCCACCACAGCCAAGCCCCAGGCAGAAGCCCCUGUUACAGCCUGGGGAAAGGCUGCUGUGUAGACAGCAGCUAAGUGGGUUAAAGCCUCGGCCACCCCAGAGCUCUGCCCCAGUCAGGUCCCAGCCACACUACAGCGUUUAACUGCAGUGUAAAUGAAUCCCCCAGCUGUCCAGAGCAAGGGUUCUCUCUGCACCCCUGCAUAAAGGCUGAACAAAGCCCCAAGUGCCUCUUUCCAGGGGGCUGGGGCUGUCAGCGGUGUGGGGAAUUGUGCUCCCAUGGGACUGGCAAGCACUGCUGAAAUACUGUGGGAAAUGAACUGCAUGAGACAACUGGACCAGGAACCCAGGGGAGGUUUCUCCUUCCCUCAGGAUGCUGCCAGCAGA